UCCAUCAUCAAGCCAAUCCCAGUUCCCAAAGGGGUAGUUAGUCUACUCUUGGCGCCGAGAAGGCUUAAACUUCCCGCAAAUUCCCCAAAUUCAUGCGCGCCAAACCUUCAAAAUAUGCGAAAAUUUUUUUGCCCGGAAUAAUCUUUCCCGCCAUGUCCGCCAGUUUAUUUUCCUUCUUCGUUCCCCUCUUUUUUUCUUCAAAUGCAAGAGAACCGUUUCUCUCCUUUGAUUCGCUCAGUCUUGAUCAAACAAACAAGCAAAUCCUUUCAUCAAGCUAAUGGAUUUGUCAGAAAUUGCUAAGAAACUUGGUCUCUCCGAAUCCAAAAAUCUGGUCCGAAAAGCGUCGGAGCUCCGCCGCCUAUGCGACGUCCAGUUCGAUUCAUCCAUCAUCGGAGUUGGAGAGGUUUGUAAGGCGAUAAUCUGCUUGGAAAUUGCCGCCACAAGGUUUCAAGUGAUUUUUGAUAGGCAGGCAGCAAUCAGGUUGAGUGGAAUGUCAGAGAAGGCUUACAAUCGAUCCUUCAAUUUGCUGCAAAACAGUCUCGGUGUCAAGGCAAAGCUCGACAUUAGAGAACUAGGGAUUCAAUUCGGAUGCGUUAGGCUCAUUCCUUUCGUGAAAAAUGGUUUAUCAUCGUACAAGGAACGGUUUCUUGCAUCAUUGCCAGCUUCGAGAAGAACAACUGCUGACUUCACCCGCCCUGUAUUCACAGCAGUUGCAUUCUACUUGUGUGCAAAGAAACACAAGCUCAAGAUAGAUAAGCUUAAAUUGAUCGAAGUUUGUGGCACAUCUGAAUCUGAAUUCAAAUGUGUUUCCACCUCCAUGAAGGAUCUCUGUCAUGAUAUUUUUGGGAUCUCAAAGGAAAAGAAGGAUCCAAGAGAGGUAAAGGGCAACCGAGAUCUGCUGGAUGUAUUACCCGAGAAAAGAAAAUUUGAGGAUGGUGGUUACUUAUCUGAUGAUGGAGAAGAGCAUUCAAGUUACAAGAAGCGUAAAAGAAUGGAUAAAGUUGCUUAUGAGGAGUGGAAGUCCUCUAUCAUUUCAUCAAAUGGCAAGAAUAAGGCAAAAGGUACAUGCAAGCGGACCAGGCAAACUCGCCUAAACUUUCUCAAAGAAGUUCCUGAGACUGCAUGAUUGAAAGCUUUAUGAAAGAUAGGACCAUUGGUCAUACCAUGACUUUUUAGUUGAAAUAUUCUUUUGGAAAUUCAUAUACAAGUAAAGAAGGAAAAAAAUGCUCUGUUAUAUUAUCCUGGAAAAUAGAUCACUGCUUUUGAUUGGUUCUAUUAAUUCUAUCGAUGCUUACCUUCAAUUUGCUGCAUGAAUGGUGAACAAGAAAAUAGGUAGUAUUGAAGCAGAAUGUUCUAUUGUAAUUACUGAAAUUGUAUAUAAUUAUUAUUAUUCACUUAAUUAUAAUAUUUUCAAUUGUCUUAACAAAAUUUUCUUUGA